AUGGCCAGCAAGGGCAGCAUCGCCUUCGCAGUGCUCUGCGUCGCGCUGGCGUUGCACGCCGCGGCGGCGGCCAGGACCGUGCCGGUGCCGGGCGUCUCCUCCACGUCCCCCGGCGGCACCGCCGAGCUCCCGGCUGCGGCGGCCGCGGCCGGCACCAAGAACGACGACAACACUGGCUCGGGCGCCGGCGUGGCGGACAAGAAGAACCUCUUCGUGGGCGUGGGCGGCAUGGGCGAUCUCCCGGGCUUCCCGGCCGUGGGCGCCGGGUACGGCGGCGGCUUCGGCAACAACGGCGGGGGCGUCUUCAGCGGCGUCACGGGCCCGCUGGGUGGCGUCGGGGUCGGCGUCGGAGGCGUCGGCCCGUUGGGCGGCGUCGGCGGCUUCGGGCCCCUCGGCGGCGGCGGCGGUAUCCCGUUCGGCGGCUUCGGUGGCGGCGGCACCCCGUUCGGCGGCGGCUACGGCGGCGGGGGCGCUGGUGGCGUCACGCCUUGA